AAAAUAAAAACUGAUUCACCAAAAUGGUGUACGUUUCUGGAAGUAACGUCUUAGAGAGAAGAUCGAUAUGGAGAUUAUCCAUAUUCUCCGACGUCUUCUGGGGAAUUAUCAACUUCGUCAUUUUAUUCUUCCACACCAUGUUUUCGCCUGGACUUACAAAACAUGGUAACUCAUAUUCUAAUUCAGAGUACAGACCUGGUGGAGGACCUCCAAGACCGCCUGGUAGAAGAUUUGGAAGAGUUGGUAGAGGAGGUGGAGGUGCUCCUUACAAUCCAGGUCCUCCCAUGGGAGGAUGAGGAAGGUAAAUGCUUGUCAAUCUGGUUCCACUGGUAUGACAAGCAGAAUACAAAGAGACAGCAAAGAGAUUCUGUGUUCGCCUGCAGAUGAAUGACGUCAUCUAGGAAAAACUUCAUCAGGAACCUGGAUUGUGGCUGAUAAUUUUUUUGCUGACUUUGCUAUAAUUUUGUAUUUAAAGAUCGUUGUAGAUAUUAAAAUUUACGUUUACCUGC